AAAGAGUUGUGCCGAUCCAUAUGUGCUUUGGGACAAGGGCACAUACUACAUGACCUGGACUACCGGUUGCUCAGUCGAGAUCUGGUCAGCGGACAGUCUGUUUGACUUCGAAAAGAGGUGCAAGAAGGACAUCAUUUGGUGGGCUCCGAAAGACCAACCGUACUCGGGCGAUGUAUGGGCGCCAGAACUUCACGCCAUCCACGGUCGCUGGUACGUGUACUUUGCAGCCGAUGACCCAAAGCAUGGCAACAAAUCACACCGCAUGUUCAUUCUUGAGGGGCCACCUGCAGACCAGUCGCCUCUAAUUCCCGAUAACUGGAAGUUCUUUGGACGUGUCGGCGGGCUCCCGGAUGACCAGUGGGCCAUUGACGGCACGGUCAUUACCCUUGGUGGCAACAUGUUCUUCGUAUACUCGGGCUGGCCUCUAGGUGUUCACGAGAACGAGUCGCGACAAGAGAUUUAUAUUAUCCAAAUGACCUCACCAACACAAUGCACUGGUCACCCUAUCCGUAUCAGUACACCAGACUUACAAUACGAGUUCUCCGGCUCCAGUGGUAUCAACGAAGGGCCACAAUUCCUAUGCUCGCCGGACGGGCGCUGGAUGGGCCUUGUGUACUCAUGUGCUGGCUCCUGGACCCACGAAUACAAAAUGAAUAUUCUGUACUGGACUGGUGGUCACCCCCUGGACCCGCGAUCGUGGGCCAAGUCGAACCGCCCUCUACUUCAAGCCAGUCAUGACGACACCCCACCCUAUGGCCCCGGCCAUGGCAAUUUUGUGCUUGUCAACGGUCCCGGAGGCCCAGAGGUCUGGGGUGUCUUCCAUGCAACCGAUGCGAAGACUGGCUGGGAAGGUAGGAAAGUACGUGUUAUGCGUGUUGGCUGGGGCCAUGGUGGACCGUACAUGGGUAGUGGGGAGUGUGGGAGGUGUUGUGAUGAUGUGAAUCACUUCAUCCAAGGCUGUCCUGGAGGUCAAUGUGGAGGCAAGGGUCACGCUGGAGGAGCUGGUGGGGGUGGAGGGCAAUAUAUCCAGGGAGGCGCGCAUGGUGAGCACGGCAACGCGAGUGGGAGUGCGCACAUGAAGAACGAGAUGAAGAACUUGAUGAAAGAAGGCAAGGGCUUGAUCAGUAAGUUUCUCAAGUAAGAUACUGUAGACGGCAUUGGCACGCCUACGUGGGGUUGUGGAGGUGUACGCAAAAGUUUUGAAGAGGGAUAUGUAUGAAUACGAGUACGGCUCAACAGUAUAUGAAGUUUUCUUGUUUCUUUGUCUAUCUCUGACUUACAAAUGAGGAGGAUUAUACUGGCUCAGAUGUAGUUGGAUAAAACGCAGACUUGUAUAUCCGCAUACAAUAUGAA